UGUGUGUGUGUUUUCCUGCAGAAGUUGGCGCCGCAGCUGGACUGCCUGUGACAGCGCCGCCAGAGUCGGAAUGAACGCUUCGAGUAAGUGUCGGGAUGGAUGAGGGAGGUUUUGGGUCAGUGGGCUGUGGAAUAACGCCGCGCCGCGCUGCCGCGUCCGGAUUCCGAGAAGGUGUCGCGUCCGCGCACCGGGACACCGGCAGAAAAAUGACACCCCGGCGUCUGCAUUCGCACGACCAUCAUCGGCGUCAGGACGGACCGACGGCGGAGUAGAGAGAGAGGUGGGGGGCUCGCUGUCAUGGAGAAACAAAGCAGAGUCAAGGAGGACACGAAGGAGGAGAAGCGCAAAGAGAGGAAAACCAAAUCCGGGAAGCUUUUCCGAAAGAAAUCGCUCAAGUCCGUGGGAAGCUUCGUGAACAAAAUCAUGAAAACUUUGGGCACUUUCACCCACUUCGGGGACGGGGACGCGCAGGACGCGGAGGACGACGACGGCGGGUUCGGAGAUGGCGCACCUUGCACCCUCACCGCCAGCUCGGGGAUGAUCAGGGAGGACGCGCCGCCAGCGGCGGCGGUGGUGGCGGCGGUUUGGGACCGCGCGGCGAAGCACCCGCCGAGUACGUCUUCGUCUCUGUGCGCCGGCAGAGACAAGCUGCUGUACCAGUAUGGAGACAAAGUCCCGGGCGUGCUGGGGCUGAAGAACCACGGGAACACCUGCUUCCUGAACGCGGUGGUCCAGUGUCUGAGCAACACCGACCUGCUGGCGGAGUAUCUGGGGCUGGAGCGCUACAAGAUGGACCUGAGGCAGGGCAGAGGCACCGGGCCGGGGGCUGAGGAGAGGCGGCCGGUGAAGGGAGAAGUUACGGAGCAGCUGGCGGGUCUGGUGAGGGCUCUGUGGACUCUGGAGUACACCCCACAGCUCUCGGUGAACUUCAAGACGGUCGUGUCCAAGUACGGGUCCCAGUUUCGUGGCAACUCCCAGCACGACGCCCUGGAAUUCCUCCUGUGGCUGUUGGAUCGCGUCCACGAAGACGUCAUACUGGUGUCGCACAACAACAACAACAAGACCAAAACUCCUGAGAAGGGUCCCGGCGGAGCUGACGAGGUGCCGUGUCCCGACCCAAUCCCGUCCCAGCAGCCCAGGGCCCAGCACAGCUUCGUCCAGGAGCACUUCCAGGCUCAGUACAAAUCUUCCCUGACGUGUCCCCACUGCCUGAAACAGAGCAACACCUUUGACCCUUUCCUCUGCAUCUCGUUACCCAUCCCUCUCCGCCAGACGAGGCCGCUGUGCAUCACUCUGGUGUUCAGCACCAAAGGCCAGCGGUACCUGCGGGUCGGGAUGGCCGUGCCUCUGUUCGGCUCUGUGGCCUGCCUGAGGAGGAUGGUGGCAGAUGAGGGCAAGCUCUCUCCAGACCAGGUGAUCCUCACAGAGGUGUACUCCACCGGGUUCCACCGCUCCUUCUUUGACGAGGACGACCUGACGUGCAUCACCGAGAACGACGUCAUCUACGCCUUUCAGGCGCCCCCGCUCUACAUCAGAGGGGGCUCUGCGCGCAUCUCAGGGUAUCAUCACAGCUUGCCGUCCUCUCCUUACUCCUCCGGCCCUGAGGGUCAAAGGUUACCUUCCUCUGGAGCCUUAUCGUCAGAGUUCCUCAACCACGGUGUCCCAGUCAAGAUCCUGCUGCUGGUGUGCAAUGCUGCUGGAACAGGCCAGCAGACUGCAAGGUUUGGGCCGCCGUUCCUAAUGAGGGAGGACCGGUCUAUUUCCUGGGACCAGCUCCAGCAGAGCAUCCUCAGCAAGCUGUAUUACCUGAUGAUCAACGGCGCUCACGCCCAGAAUAUCAGAGUGCUUUUCAACAUCCGCGUGGUGGGAGGAUCCACAUUCCACAACUACCUGUCGCCUCAGGACGGGCGACCGCUGUACCACCCCGCCGUCGACAGGGCCCUGAAGCUGUGCGGUUCUGGAGGGCCUCCUCACGUGAAGCUCAUCAUCGAGUGGGAGCACAGAGUCAAAGACUGCCUGUUUGGUAACAUUCAUGAGGAAGUGGUGAAGGAUGGAGACAGCGUACGAAACCUCCUGCAGCAGCAGCACGUCCAGCAGUUCAGCUGCACCUUGGACGAGUGCUUCCAGCUCUACACCAAAGAGGAACAGCUCGCCCCAGAUGACGCCUGGAAGUGCCCGUACUGCAAGCAGCUGCAGCAGGGCAUGGUGAAGAUGAGUCUCUGGACCCUGCCGGACAUCCUCAUCCUCCACCUGAAGCGCUUCAGGCAGGUGGGCGAGCGGCGGAACAAGCUCACCACCUUCGUGCAUUUCCCCCUGGCGGGACUGGACAUGACGCCCCACAUGGUGAGCCGCAACAACGGCCCCCACCAGCGCCCUCUUCAGGCGGGCUGGAAGCACUGCAGGCAGCCCGACCUGGCUACUCCAGACUUCCUGUACGAUCUCUACGCCGUCUGCAACCACCACGGAGGGAUGCACGGUGGUCACUACACAGCCUUUUGUCGAAACUCGGUCGACGGUCAGUGGUACAGUUACGACGACAGCACCGUAGAGCCUGUCCCGGAGGCCGAGGUCUGCACACGAGGAGCCUACAUCCUCUUCUACCAGAAAAGAAGCACCAUCCCCCCCUGGUCUGCCAGUUCCUCCCUCACUGGUUCCACCAGUUCAUCCACCUCUGACCACUGGCUGGUCCGGCUGAACGGGGGAAGCAGCAGCGGCGGCGGCGGCGGCGGCAGCGCGGUCUCGGGGGUUCCCAGUCCGGCUCUUUUGGAAGCGGGAUUUGCUCUGGAGUCUCCUGAGUUGCCGGUGUUUGGAGACGAACCCAACAGAGGAGUAGAAGGAAAUGGCUCCAAUCAGAUGAUGCGAGGUACCAAGGUUAGGAGCUUAAGCAUGAGGUCACCUGCCAAACCCAAGGACGCUCUGAACAAAGUUCUUCCACUGCGUUGGUCUUUUGGGUCCAAAGACCGCAUCAAGCACCCGGCACAAGUCCACCCUGGAGAGCUGGUGGAGUACCUGGAGUCUGGACGCCGGCCCAGAUGCACCAAAGACCCCAUCAUCACACUGGUGGCCACCCCGCCACAGAGGAGAGUCCUUGACGUGGGACAGGACUGCAGCUCGCCCAGCGGCAGCAGUCUCAGUUGUACGGACAGGCUCAGCUGCGACACUUGUUACUCUCCCAAAAUCCCAGAGGGGCAAAGGCGAGCCUGUUUGGAAAGAAACACGGGCCAAGGAUCUGAUAACGAGGGAAACCUCCGUUCAAGAGAUGAUGAUGGUUCGAGGCAAGGAUCUUUGUCUAAGAGACUGAGAACUGACCAGGUCAGGGCUCUGGACUUCCACCUGCAGAGAGGCGGCAUUCUGGGUGGCCAUAUAAGCCACAGCGCUCCUCCGAGCAGAGAGUCUACGCUUAGAAGAACCGCCGUUCAGGCGAUCGGCCUCACCAGGGGCCAAAAGGACUUAUCACAGAUGAUGGAAGGCAGGAGGAACCCAACAGGAGAGGGUCAGAGCCAAGAAAAUCUCCUGUCGUUUUUCAAGCCGGUUUUGACAAACAAAGACAUUCCUAGGUCCCCAGGCAAGGAACAAGCGAGACAAAUAAAUGGUCACGAACGUCUGGGAAAACUGGCGAGCAGUAAUUUAGCCAAGCUGUCGCUUUCCAACGGGACUCUUCCAGCGCUGGGCAGCAGCGUUCCCACCUGCGACGGCCACGGCUGCAAAGCCCAGCUGGUCAAUGGAAAAGCUGUGAAUCAGGAGCCAGUGGACAUCCAGCGGGCUCACAGCUCCAGCAACAUCCAGACCAAGCUGGACUUCACGUUUCGCAGAUGUGCCUCCCUCCAGAGGAACGGGGAGGUGGGGAUCCCUCAGGCGCACCGUGUCCUGCUGUCAGACAAGCCUGGCCACUCCACGCUGCAGCGGACGCGGUACAGCACCACCUCCCUGGUGCCCAUGUGACAGCCAAGAAUGACAGCCAAACAAAAGGACCGCUCACCUGGUUUCCCAGAGAAGCGCCCCCUGUUGGAGGCAUUGCUUACAGCAAACGACGUCUCUAUUUUAUUUUAUUUUUUUCCUUUUUUAAUUUAAUCUUUUCAUUGUACUGUUUUAGGUUCUUACCUGUGUGUGUCUUAAACUAAAUCUAUGCAGAGUUAUUAAAAAGUCUGAGGGAAAUUACUAGGUUAUUUUUUCCCUCCACUCACUCUUUUCUGA